UGGAAAAGGGACAGAAGCAGCAGCAGCAGCAGCAGCAGCCGCAGCAGCAGCAGCAGAAGCAACGAUGCUUUGCCGGAUGCACCUCGCACCGUUCGCCUCCAGCUCCCUGGCCAGCCGUCUGGGCACAGUGAGGACCCUCUGGCCGCACGCAGAGACCAUCUUCACCGAGCUGCAGCAGGAGAUGGAGAAAGCUCGGGAGUUCAUGAGCAGCUUCGAGCAGCUCCUGAGCAACCACGGAGCCAUCGCCGCGGAGCGCACCCCGAGCACCAGCAUGACCCUGAGCCAGAGCUCCGGAGACGGCUUCUCAGUCUGCCAGGACGUCAAGAACUUCACUCCCGAGCAGCUGUCGGUGAAGGUGGUGGGCAGAAAGGUGGUGCUGGUGGGGCAGAAGGAGACGCAGAACGUCGAUGACAAGGGCUCCUUCUCCUACAAGUACGAGGUGCUGAAGCGGGAGUGGGACGUGCCCGAGGAGGUGGACGCCGAAGCGCUGACCUGCUCCCUGUCCAAGGAUGGGCAGCUCCGCAUCGAGGCCCCCAAACUGGCACUGCCGGCCGCUCCCGAGAGGAAUGUGCCCAUCCAGGUCAGCCCUGCAGCCCCACAGACCGGAGCAGCCUCUGAGGAUGGAGCUGCCAACAAAGCCCAGGUGUAAGAGGAUGGGACCCGAUGGCCACGGCAGGACCGGAGCAGACCGGAGCGAGUCUCGGGUUUAAGCCCAGACAAGCUUCAUCAGCAAUGAUGUCAUUUUUUUCACUACACUGGAAUGUUUUUGUAUCCAAUAAAAAUACUUUUGCAUUGAA